GUUGACCAAUGGCCUGACCAUUGAGGACUCGAAGCGACUCUUUGGCUGCCUCGUCGACGCAGCCGCAGAGGGCCUCAGCAGCAGCAGCAGCGGCAGCAACAACAGCAGCAACAGCAGCAACAGCAGCAGCAGCAGGCAUAGAGCAGGAGGGCGCUCUGCUGCUGCUGAAGCCCUUGAGGCAGACAAGGGGCUGAUUGUGUUGAGUCAGCAGCUGCGUUUGUCUCCCAUAACUCUUCGGCGUCUGACGAAGCCUUUUAUCUCAAGCAGCGACACUUCGACUGCGAACAUUCCCGAAGUGCACUGGGCCGACGUGGGCGGAAUGGAAGACGCGAAGGAGCACAUUAGGCAGCUCAUCACUUUGCCCCUCAAACACCCCAAACUAUUUUCAAAUGCGCGCCUCCGCAGCGGCUGCCUCCUCUUCGGGCCCCCAGGCACUGGCAAGACGCUGCUGGCGAAGGCCAUAGCGACGGAGUGCGACGUCAACUUCAUUUCUGUCAAGGGUCCCGAGGUUUUGAACAAGUAUAUCGGAGAAAGCGAAAAAAAUGUCAGAGACAUUUUCGCGAAGGCGCGGGCUUGCCAGCCUUGUGUUUUGUUUUUCGACGAAAUAGAUGCCCUCCUGCCCCGCCGAGGCAAGGCCUCUGACUCUGGAGGGGUUUUGGACAGAGUGGUGGCGCAAGUGCUCGCCGAGAUGGACUCCUUGCCUCCCAAGGUUUUUGUAAUUGGAGCAACAAACCGCAUCGAGCUGCUGGACGGUGCUGCACUGCGGGCCGGGCGGCUGCAGCGGCUGGUGUAUGUGGGGGUGCAGCAAGACAAGGGGCCCCUGCUGCAUGCACUGACACAGCAGCAAAUAGUUUUGGGGGCCCCUGCUGCUUCUUUGAGGGCCCUGGAGAGCAGCAGCAGCAGCAGCGAGGCUGCUGCAGUGCUGGAGCAGCUCAAGGUGGACGUACACCCCGGAGCCACAGGCGCGGACUGCAAAGCCCUCUGCAGCAGCGCCGCUCUUAUGGCCAUCAAAGAAAAAAUUAAAUUUGCAAAAACUCUCGAGUAUGCGCGCCUCCGCAGCGGCUGCCUCCUCUUCGGGCCCCCAGGCACUGGCAAGACGCUGCUGGCGAAGGCCAUAGCGACGGAGUGCGACGUCAACUUCAUUUCUGUCAAGGGUCCCGAGGUUUUGAACAAGUAUAUCGGAGAAAGCGAAAAAAAUGUCAGAGACAUUUUCGCGAAGGCGCGGGCUUGCCAGCCUUGUGUUUUGUUUUUCGACGAAAUAGAUGCCCUCCUGCCCCGCCGAGGCAAGGCCUCUGACUCUGGAGGGGUUUUGGACAGAGUGGUGGCGCAAGUGCUCGCCGAGAUGGACUCCUUGCCUCCCAAGGUUUUUGUAAUUGGAGCAACAAACCGCAUCGAGCUGCUGGACGGUGCUGCACUGCGGGCCGGGCGGCUGCAGCGGCUGGUGUAUGUGGGGGUGCAGCAAGACAAGGGGCCCCUGCUGCAUGCACUGACACAGCAGCAAAUAGUUUUGGGGGCCCCUGCUGCUUCUUUGAGGGCCCUGGAGAGCAGCAGCAGCAGCAGCGAGGCUGCUGCAGUGCUGGAGCAGCUCAAGGUGGACGUACACCCCGGAGCCACAGGCGCGGACUGCAAAGCCCUCUGCAGCAGCGCCGCUCUUAUGGCCAUCAAAGAAAAAAUUAAAUUUGCAAAAACUCUCGAGUCUGCCCUCGGGCUGCGGCCAAACGUGCUGCAGGCGGCGGCCCUGGGGGCGUGGCGCUGUAUAGACCACGAGGCGGAGCCGCUGGGGUGUACGUACACCGUGGACUUGCUGCUGCCUGGCCCCGCAGCAGCAGCAGCAGCAGGGGGUGCAGCAGCAGCAGCAGCAGCAGGGGCAGAGACCCCGAAGGCGCAGCUGAGGCUAAUGAGCAACACAGAAGUGAAGGGGGGCGGGGAAGUGGAAUGCCUCCAGGUGUGGCUGGGGUGUAUGUACACCUCAGCAGAAGCAGCAGCAGCAGACGAAAACGAAAAAGAAAAGAAAAUUGAAGAUCUCUUCUGGGCAGUGAGCACGCUGCCUGCAGCAGCAGCAGCAGCAGCAGCAGCAGGCGCCUGCAGCGGCGGGACCCUGCAGCUGCUGCUCCCGGCCGCUCCCCCCGAGCCGCCGCUGCAGCAGCAGCAGCAGCAGCAGGAGGCUUGUGCUGCGCGGCUCAACGGCCACAAAGCUGCAGCGUGGGCCACAGCAAACUCCAGCCCCAAAAGCUUACUUUGCAUGCAUUUGGGGCCUCCUCCUUGUUUUUUAUUUUCUGUGCAUGUGCUGUACAUACACCUGAAAAAGGCCCUCGAGGAACUCCGGCCUUCAGUUUCCGCCCAAGACUUGCGGCGCUACGAACGGCUGCGCGAGCAGUACGCGGCGCUGACUUGA